AUAACAACAACAAUCAAAAUUGCAAAUAUAGUCACAAUUAAUUUUCCUUAGUAAUGACAAAAAAAAAAAAAAACAAAAUUAAGUAAUCGCGUCCUUUUGAAUUCGUUUCCUAAAUAAAUAAAAAAACGCGUUACAUUAAAAACACAAUUAUCUCUCUCUAUAUAUAUAUCCGUAUUCUUCUUCACUAAACCAUUAUUAUUCUUAGGUUAAACAAACAAAAAAAACAUUUCGUAUUCUGAAAUCUCUGGUCUAAUUUCUCUCUGAGGCAAUUCGUCGAACACAUGGGGACCAAACAACCAUACCUAAACGGCGCAUACUACGGACCAUCGAUUCCUCCGCCGGCUAAAGCUCACCGCAGCUAUGACUCACCUGGAUUCGGAUGCUGUUGCUUCAGCUGCCUCGGAAGCUGUCUACGCUGCUGCGGUUGCUGCAUCUUAAGCCUGAUCUGCAACAUCCUCAUAGCCAUAGCCGUAAUCCUCGCAAUCACCGGUUUUAUCCUCUGGCUCAUAUUCCGUCCAAACGCCGUCAAAUUCUACGUCGCCGACGCUAAUCUGAACCGAUUCAGCUUCGAUUCAAACAACAACAGCAAUCUCCAUUACAGUCUCGAUCUCAAUUUCACAAUCCGUAACCCUAAUCAACGAGUCGGAGUCUACUACGAUGAGAUCUCGGUGAGUGGCUAUUACGGUGAUCAGAGAUUCGGAUCUGUGAACGUAUCGUCGUUUUAUCAAGGGCAUAAGAAUACGACGGUGGUUUUAACAAAAAUUGAAGGACAGAAUCUGGUGGUGCUCGGCGACGGAGCGAGAACAGAUCUGAAGGAAGAUGAGAAAUCUGGGGUUUAUCGGAUUGAUGCGAAAUUGCGGCUAAGUGUUCGGUUUAAGUUUUGGGUGAUUAAGUCGUGGAAGCUUAAACCAAAGAUUAAGUGUGAUGAUCUUAAGAUUCCUCUUGGUUCCUCUAAUUCAACCGGAGGGUUUAAGUUUCAACCAGUCAAGUGUGAUUUUGACUUAUCUUAGUCAACUCCAAGUUUUAUGAUUUUUUUUUUUUAAUUUUCAUGUGUUUUUUUUUUCCUUUCGUUUCUUCUAUUUUUCGGCAUUAGAUUUUGUUUCUUCGCUUUGAUUAGUCCAUAUGGAUUAUGUAGUGUUGUUGGAGUUGGAAGAUAUAUGAAUAGAUAAACAUUUUUAGGAUA